CAGUUGUAAAACAUGUGCCGGGCUGGCUGUUGCUCUCUGCUAGCUGUAAAUACGGGGGGCUGCCCCGUGCACGCCCUAUUCUUAGAGCAGGAUACGUGUCCCUGCGCUGUGUCGGGGCUUCAGGCCAGCAGUUAUCCCUGAGCCCUUAUUCAUAACCCCUCCUUAGUCUUUUCAAGUGCAAAAGAAAAUCAUCAUCUACUCUUUUGGGGUUGUUUUAUUGGUUUUUUCUUUAUCAGUACAGUGCAAUUGUGCCUGCUGUCUGCAAGCUGCUGCUGCUGGAGCACGUGAAAUGGUUUUGUUCUUACUGCUGGACAGAACACACCUCGGUGGGGCUCCCAGUUUGUCCGCUAGCAGCAGCAACCUCGGGCUCUGUGCUGCCCUGCCAAGGCUGUCAUCCUCUCUGUAAAACCUAAGAGAAGGCUUCCAACUUGUCUCACCUCUUCCAAGCUUUUUCAGGCAGCACCUGCCGCAAGUGCAUCGCUCAGUGCAAUGAUAAUUAUCCUGGGGCUCUUUGCUAGAGGGGAAAUUAUUGCUGGCGUUGAACAUUUGAGUGGCAUCCGCCAAAUCUGGAGCUCGAGGGCUCCGGCAGCACGCGUGGCUCUUGCCCGAGCCUCUUCCUCUCCCCCUGCGGAUCCGAACGGCUUCUGCGAGAGGUGACUUUGUGUGAGCACCGCCCGCGGGGCUCCCGUGAGCCGGAGAGGGGCUGACCGUCGGCCGGCGGCGGAUGUUGGGGUUAAUGAUUCAGAUGGUGACAGGAAACCAGAAGCUGGCUAACGAUCCUCGGAGGAACCGGCUCCAGUGCUGGCGGCUGCGGCCGUGAGGUGCGCAAGGAGCUGGGACGGAUGGGGACGGCCGGCUGAGGCUGCAGGCCUCGUCACAGACCACAGUGGCUCGAGCCUAUGUAUUCUCUUCGCCCAUCUCCCCAAGGCAGAGAGCUGGGAAAGCACGUUCAGCUGUCUUAGAUAACUUAUUUAUAACCCGCCAGCAGUGAGCUGGACACCGCGGGGCCAUGGCGCAGCUGGAGCUGCUGUGGGUGGCUGCCGCGCUGAUGCUGCUCGGGGCGGCCGUCAGCGCCUGCGUCAGGUGCCAGCUCUCCGGUACAAAGCGAGAAAAGAAGCAGAGCAAGCAGACAAGUCAGCUCGGAAACCAGCAGAGCUUUGAGGUGAUUCGGUCCCACUCCACUGUAACGCGAAGGCUAGACCAGAUUAAGGAACCUGAAAACUUCACAAUAACAAGGAAAGCUCACGAGGAGCUCGGCGCCUCCCGUCCCCUUGGCAUUGAGAGCAGGACCGAGCCCCGGUACCAGAACUUCCUGACAGAGGACUACCUGUGCGAGGAUGCUGCCUACGUGGAGCCCAUCUCUGUGGAUUUCUAUGAGCAUGCCAAGUGCUUCACCUCACCCAACGCCAAAGAGGAGGAUUCCCAUUCCUACCAGAAUGUCUUCAUUGGGGACACUUGUGGCUCCGGGCUGGAUGACGUGGAUGACUACGAGAACAGCACGGCGAUACACGCGUGGAAAAUCGAGCAAAGUGCAGCAGCGCUGUAUAUAGAGAGCCAGGACGAGGAGCCGGACUACGUUAACACCGACCCCGCGUCGGACCCCACCCUGCUGUCAAAGCAAAGUAAACUGCGUAAAGUCUGAAGGAGCCCUUCGCCAAGCUGUAAGGGCACACCCAGCCAGCAUGUACAUAGGGAAAGAGGAGUCUUCGAUCCCACAGUGAAAUCUUCUCCAGAUCGUGCCCAAGAUCGUGUGGAACAGGUGCCGCUGAGAGGAGGAAAGGCUCUGCUUGAAGUCCAGCUGCAGACGUGCGUUGGAGGGAGCGCUCUGCCCGGCAGCGAAGCCUGGCCGACCCCUUCAGCGGCUCCCUCGGGCAUGCCACAAGCUCGUUAUCCCGUCUCACUUCCCUGCACGUCUGCUGGAGGGAGGACGGCUACUCUGUGCAAUGUUUUCUCCUGUCAAGCAUGAAAUGAAUCUUUAAAUUGCUGAGCGGUAAUGCAGCCAACUACUUAAUUUGUCAGGCUGACUCAUGCACGAUGGCAUUCAAACACGGGGAUUAUGUUCUGAUUUAGUUCCUAUGCUCUCCUGCAGAAGCUGUUUCCUACAGGAGAGGAACUGGCAAGGCAGAGGUUGCUUUUACAGCAGCAGUGGUUCUCUGGAGCUAAAUGAGAUACCAAACUGCUCACAAAAGCUAAGGACUAAAGAGGAUUAAAUCCUCAUCUUAUUCACAGCUUGUAAUUCCCAGUGUCUGUGGCAGCUCUCCUUGUGUUUCGUUAUCUGUUUUAUAACGAUACAAAGGCACUGCAAAAACUGACAAGGUCCGAUCCACUGCCGUCAGCCUCAGAAAUUGCACUGGUCCUUCAGAUUUGCCAUAGGAACAUCAGUUCUGAAACAUAACCCUUGUCUCUUGAGCCCUCAUGUAUAGAUUUGGCUCUGUCAUAGCACUUAUUUAUUAAAAUUGAAAAACCUCCAAAGCAAA